CCCCAGAGACCGCUGCGCAUGCCCAGGCUCUUUACGCUUCUUGCAUCGGCGCGGGCCGAGUACCCGAUCGGUGGAGGUCACACGGUGGUGAUGCCGUCCGUGGUCGGCGUCGUUGGGGAAACUGGACCCCUAAACCCUCGCGGCCCCCCACCUUCUGAGCGCCGCCGUCGUCGAACACGUCGUCAUGCGCGCAUUUUUUCGGACACCGAGAUCCCAGUCUGCCUUGGGUGCACUCCUGCUUAAACGAUCGGCGGGCCUUCAUUUUCCCGUCUUGCCCCGCGGGCGGGCCUAAACCCAGUCUACGUUGACCACAUUCCAUGUAAAUGCGGCCUGCAUUUAGCAUGCGUUGCGAGGAUAUGAUUGAAUGUUUCCGACCCCGCUGGUCCUCUGGUCGGCCAAAUGACCACGGUGCCGUCCUUCUCCUGUACGACAUGAUCAUGACGCCGCUGCUGUUAAUGCCCGUUCACAUGCACAGCGCCUUUCGAUUCAUGAGCCAGGUCAUCACGGUGUACUGGACGCUCGAUAUGAUGCGAUCUUUUAUCACGGGGUUCGAGACCAGGAAGGGGAUAGAGAUGCGCCACAGGCAAGUCGCGAUCGCGUACAUGAGGUCUUGGUUUCUGUUGGACUUCCUGAUUGUCGGCAUGGAUUGGGCACGCUUCUUCCUUGGAGUAGGAGACACCGUGAACUCGAUCGGGCGUGCGAACAGGUACAUUCGAGCCUGGAAGAUCGUACAGGUGUUUCGACUGGUACGUGUUGUCAAGGUCAUGAAGAGAGCUCGGGAGAAGGUCGAGGCCAUGUUCUCUCUUGGAGCACUGCUCUUACUGAGGAGUUUGUUAUUCAUUGUCGCGUUCUUGUUUGUCUGCCAUUUCAUGGCGUGUUACUGGUACGACCUCGCGAACCCCACCGAUAUUGAAUCUGGACUGGUUCAGCUGCCAACCACCUGGCUCGUGCAGGCCGACAUGGUGGACUCCCCGGCUGCAGAGGUCUACGCGGUUUCUUUCCUUUGGGCCCUGUCACAGUCCAACUUUGCUUCCAGCAACAUUUAUGCCUCGAACUGGAUGGAGAGCAGCUUCACAACGAUCUGUGGCUUUGCGUGGCUCGUCCUUUUGGCCAUGACCAUAGCCUACUCCAGCUUCUGGGUCCAGCAGUACCAUGAAUCGCACAAGGCGUACCGCGAGCAGCUCGCUCAGAUAAAGCUCUUCCUGGAGGAGCACCAGGUGUCGCGAGGCCUGUCGUACAAGGUGCUGCGCAGUUUCCGGUGGAAUUUCCGCCUCUACAACAGCCGCGUGCACGAGGACGACGUCGGCUACUUCCGGGACCUACCAAAGCCCAUGAUCGGGGCGCUGCGCGCCGAGAUCCACACGCCCGCCCUGCGGGGGCACCCGUUCUUCUGCGCCGUGGCGGCUGCGUGCGGGUCCGAUUCGGUGCAGGCCAUCAGCCACGUCGCCAUGCGCGAGCAGCACUACUCGGGAGGCAGCAACGUCUUCACCGAGGGGCUCCCGGCCCACCACAUGUUCUUCGUCGCCCAGGGGGACCUAGAAUACUACGCUGUGAAGCUGAACAUGGAGGCCAGGACGCUGGCGCAGUCGGACUGGGCCGUCGAGCCCGCACUUUGGAUGCGCUGGAUCUUCAACGGCCGCCUGGUGAGCUCCACGUCCAGCGAGGUGGUGACCGUGGAGGUGAUCAAGGUUCACGCCAUCGCCAAGACCUUUGGAAGUGGCUGCGGGGGCAUCCAGAUUUUGCGCAAGUUUGCCCAAGAGGUCGUCAGCCACUUCCGCGACGCUGCCCCGGGGACGGACCUUUGGUGGGACCGGAGCGUCAUCGAGCAGAUCGCCUGGCGGGUUGGCGCGAGGACGACGGACGCCGCGCCUGCCGAGCAGCCCGAGGGCUUCUCGCCCCUCGCCCGGCUGCGGAAGACCUUCCGCUUCCCGCGGGAGGUGCCGUGCUGAGAGGGGACACGCGGGCGUCGGCCCCAUUUCAGGAGGGGAGAAAACACACAGACACAAUUUAUCGCGACACGACGCGAACCUGCCGCAUGCUCAGGCCCCGCUCGCCCUCCGCCGAGCGUGCCAGCGGCCCAAUGCGGCCGCGGCAGACCCCCGCCGUGACCACGGACGCGGCUCCUCUGUGACCGCGCCUCGGCCCUGGCUGCUCGCGGCAGCGGUUGGUAGCCUGCCGGCGGUGCGGAUCGAAGUUCUCAGGCCGCCUCGCAUCGCGGACAAAUCAGC